GGGCAAAGAAGGCCGGGGAAAUUUGAAUUUUAAAAUUUUCACAUUCCUGAUUUGCUUCCUGGCCGCACAGUUCACAAAUUCGAAAUGGCUCAAUCCCACAGUCGUAGCCGGACUCCACCGCGAAGCUACCGGAAGAACGACAGCAGUGAAGGCCGCUGUCGGGAGCAUCGACAUCGCAGCCGUAGGCAUGGUCACGGAUCGUCCCGGCGACGUCGUCAUCACUACCGAAGCAUAAGCAGCCCCAGCAGCAUUAGUGAAACGUCGGCCUGUUCGUCAUGCCGUUCGACGCCGGCACGAUCGAUCCGUCCGGUGGAUCCUCCGAAGAGCACAUGCCUUGGUGUGUUCGGGCUGAGUAGCUACACCACCGAAGCCAAUCUGAUGGAUGUGUUCUCGCCGUACGGUACCAUCGACAAAGCCAUGAUUGUUUACGAUGCCAAGACGAAGGCCUCCCGUGGGUUUGGGUUCGUGUACUUCCAGGAGCAGAGUUCGGCCACGGAGGCCAAACUGCAGUGCAACGGAAUGGAACUGCACGAGCGAACGAUCCGGGUGGAUUAUUCGGUGACCGAGCGGCCGCAUACGCCCACACCGGGAGUGUACAUGGGGGCUAGAUGUACUGAGAAACGGAAGCACCGUAGUACCCAAAGCUACAGAGGACAAAGUUACGAUGACGAUUACCAUCACCACCAUCGUCGAUCCAGACGCAGCAGAUCUCGCUCUCGUCAUCGCCAUCAUAGAUCUAGUCAUCGUCGUCACCAUCGACGCAACCGUUCUCCGUCGUAUUCGUCUUCUAUUGAUUCGCGACGAUCCUAUCGAUGAGUCUCGGGACGAGCUGCACUCCAAGAUGAUGUCUGUUGAUCUCUUUUUGUUCCAUGAUGGCCUAUCGUUUAUGCAGGUUUGAACCUAUAUAAAUUAUUUAUUCGUUGAUAUGAUUAAGUGGUUUAUGAAUUUUUGCUUGGUAGAAUAAUAACUGAAAAAUAAAUGAAGUUCAAUGCAUGAGAUAAUAAUUCAAUUCUAUGAUGUACGGAAACUUAAUUUAAUAAGUACGACUACAGUAU